AGCUUCAUUUGUUUUAAUAAAGAAAGAGAAGAAAAACAGUGAUUUCAUCUGGCAAAUUCUGUACCGCUUGAUACAUCCAACGGUGAAAAACUGGGAAAGUUACAUGCCUUUCCCGGAAUAAAGUUAGAGAAUAGGGAUCCCAUUUUUCCUUGUUAAAAUUGCCCUAAAACAAGCUACAGUUAAAAGCAGAAAACGAAGGUGGACAGACUGAACGAACGCCGUAGCACAGGUUGCACACAACCAUGGAUUCCGAGUUUCCUAACAAAGCAUUAACCACCACUCGUUUUUCCGACCUCAAACCUCCACUUUCCGAUCCCGUUCUUCAAGCUCUCACACAUUCCGGCUUCGAUUUCUGCACUCCCGUUCAAGCCGCCACCAUUCCUUUACUCUGUAGCUUCAAAGACGUCGCCGUCGACGCCGCCACUGGUUCAGGAAAAACCCUAGCUUUCGUCAUUCCACUAGUCGAAAUUCUUCGCCGCAACUCUUCCAAUCCCAAACCUCACCAGGUAUUGGGAAUAAUUAUAUCUCCUACAAGGGAACUAGCAUCCCAAAUAUAUCAUGUUGCACAACCUUUUAUUUCAAGUUUAACUAAUGUUACAUCGAUGCUACUCGUCGGCGGAGUAGAAGUAAAAACUGAUAUGAAGAAAAUUGAAGAAGAAGGAGCUAACAUAUUGAUCGCCACGCCUGGUCGAUUACAUGACAUAAUGAAUAGGAUGGAUGUUAUGGAUUUCAAAAGCUUUGAGAUUUUGAUUUUGGAUGAGGCUGAUAGACUAUUGGAUAUGGGAUUCCAGAAGCAAAUAAAUGCUAUCAUAACUCAGUUGCCUAAGCUUCGGAGAACUGGCUUAUUCUCUGCUACUCAAACUCAGGCUGUGGAAGAGCUUGCCAAAGCAGGAUUGAGGAACCCUGUUAGGGUUGAAGUUCGAGCUGAAACAAAAAGAUUGAAUGAUUCUGCUGCAUCAAAGCAACUAGAAUCUUCAAAGAUACCUUCAGGUCUUCACAUUGAGUACAUGGAAUGUGAGGCGGAUAAGAAACCAUCGCAGCUGGUAGAUUUCCUUGUUAAGAACCGCUCGAAAAAAAUUAUAAUAUAUUAUAUGACUUGUGCUUGUGUUGACUAUUGGGGAGUUGUUCUUCCUCGUCUUUCUGUUUUGAAAGGCUUCUCCUUGAUCCCCCUUCAUGGAAAGAUGAAGCAGUCUGUCAGGGAGAAGGCACUAACUUCUUUUACAUCCCUUUCAAAUGGAAUUCUUCUGUGUACGGAUGUUGCAGCACGUGGACUAGACAUACCUGGUGUAGACUGUAUAGUGCAGUAUGAUCCUCCUCAAGACCCAAAUGUUUUCGUACAUAGGUCUGGUCGAACUGCUCGGCUGGGUAAACAAGGGCAUGCUGUGGUCUUCUUAUUACCAAAGGAGGAAUCUUAUGUAGAAUUCUUGCGUAUAAGAGGAGUUCCUCUUCAAGAGAGAAUGUGCUCCGACAAUGCACCUGAUGUUGUACCUGAGAUUCGUUCUGCGGCAACAAAAGAUCGUGAUGUCAUGGAGAAGGGAGUCAGGGCUUUUGUUUCUUACAUUCGUGCUUAUAAAGAGCAUCACUGCUCUUAUAUUUUCAGGUGGAAAGAACUUGAAAUUGGCAAAUUAGCCACGGGACAUGGCUUAUUGCAACUUCCUUUAGUGCCGGAGGUAAAACGCCACACACUAUCCACUGAGGGAUUUGAACCGGUUAAAGAUAUCAAUUUCGAGGACAUUAAGUUCAGGGAUAAAUCAAGGGAGAAACAACGGAAGAAAAACCUGCUGGUAAAGAAAGAAGCCAAAGAGAAAGAGCCAAAACCUAAAAAACCAAAGAAAACCCCAAUUGUGCCUACUGCCAUGAGGAAGAAAACAGCCAAACAGAGACGUGCUCAGCAGACAGUUGAAGAUGAGGAAGAGUUGACGCAAGAAUACCGCUUGUUGAAGAAAUUGAAGAAAGGGACCAUAGAUGAGAAUGAAUAUGCCAAGUUGACAGGCACUGAGGAUUUACUUUGAAAGCAAAGUUUGCCCAUCUGAUUACACAUUGUUGAAUGGGCUAGCAAAUUACAGCAUCCUUUGAUGCCACAUGAUUCUAUUGACAUCCUCUUAAGAUCUGGCAUAUAUACGUCUUUCUCUGGUGAUAGAAGUUAACAGAGUUCAGCGGACCGACUUACUUUAGAGAAACCUUAUCGGCCAUGCAUGGGGUGAAUGACAUUUACAGAUUAAUGUACAUAGAAAGUGGUGACAGUGCAGAGAUUUGGAAAAGUACUAGUCCUUGGAUGAAAGAAAGAUGGGCUUUUUUAAGGUUAUGAACAUCAGGAGAUUAAUUUUAUCCAAAAUUUUGUUUGCCUGCUAUCAAGUCCUUGUAAUGUUCUUUACUUUUUUAAUUGUUCAUGUGCCUUUGUUUAGUCUGAUAAUUUGCAAGAUCAUAGAAGGUGAAUUAUGUUUUAGGUAUUUAUAAACAAAUACUAUUGGACAAUUUUGUUUUGUACUGAUUACUGAAUGUUAUUUAAUUAUGCCUCUCACCUAAAUAGAGGAAAACUUCCUUUA